AUGUUUGCCAGAAUCUUCAUCCCUAAGAAGCACCGGGAGCGCUUCGAUGACGUCGUGUCCCAGAGCCUGAUCGGCCGGCUCAAGGGGAGGAGCUUCAGCGACCCCAGCCGCAACCGCCUGCGCCGAAGCCGCAGCGAGGACCACCCGGAGCGCCUGCUGGUGUCCACCCGGGCCAGCUCCGUCCCCCGAACGCAUGCCGAGGAGGGCGUGAUGCCCCCCAUCCGUGGCCUCAGGAAGACCACCUCACUCAUCGCGGGGCACGCUGGAAACGCUGCAGCCCUUCGCAGGACGGUGAGAGUCUGCAAAGGGAACCUGAGUUUUGGAUUCACCCUCAGGGGCCAUGCACCUGUAUGGAUCGACUCAGUCAUCCCAGGGAGUCCAGCAGAUAAGGCGGGGCUCAAACCUGGAGACCGUAUCCUGUUCCUCAAUGGACUUGACAUGAGGAGUUGUUCCCAUGAGAAGGUCGUCUCCAUGCUGCAGGGCAGCGGUGCCAUGCCCACCCUGGUCGUGGAGGAAGGCCCCCCCACCUUCAUGCUGGCCGAGCCCGAGCAGCCAGGAGGGCCAGGGAGGGCGUCCCCGGGUGGAGGCGUCCCCCGCUCCCCAGUGCUCAACUCCCUGCAGUGGGUGGCUGAGAUCCUGCCUUCCUCUAUCAGGGUCCAGGGGCGCACCUUCGGACAGCAGCUGGAGCACCUGCUCACUAUCCAGGAGAGAUACACCAUCUGCAAAGCCCUGGAGAACUUCUUCCAGCAUAGGAAUGUUGACACUCUGAUCGUGGACGUUUUCCCGGUGUUGGACACGCCAGCCAAGCAGGUGAUCUGGCGUUUUGUCUACCAGCUUCUGACCUACGAAGAGCAGGAGCACUGCCAGAGCAAGAUAUCACGUUUCCUCGGUUACAAGACUGCAGCGCCAGCCCCCCCACCUGAGCCAGAGCCCGCCCCCGAGCCCCAUCGCCGUAGCAGCUCCAUGAGAGUGACAGGAACCGCCUACAGGGCCAGCAUGCGUGGGCGGAGCUCUGACGACCUCGUCAUCGGCACUCACCUGGGGAUGGGGAUCCGUACUGAUCCAGGGGAGAUGGGGAUGAGGCUGGCUCCAGGAGAGAGACAGUCAGGAGACGGGACGUCCCUCCCAGAGACCCCCAACAACCUCACCAACCUGUCUGCAGUGUAUGCUGAGCUGGAGAACGUGUACUCAGGGAAGAGGUCCAAGUCUCUGAAGGCUCGUGCUCCUCCUCCUGCAGACAGUCUGGUAGAGCUGGAAGUCCUCGAACACGCAGGCUCUCCGUCCAUGCACGCUAACACAGGUAGCCGUAAGGGCCCCCCACCACCUCCCUCCGCCUGGCAGGAGCCCCUCCCUAGCCCCCCUGCCCCGGUCCAGUUCUACCCCCCAGGUCUCACCUCCCAGACCAGUGCCGAGUCAAACCCCUACAUCAGCCUGGACAGCCCCCUUCCCUCGCCCCCCGACUACCCCGCCAGCCCACCCUCCCACGCCCGUCUCAAUAAGAGGCGCUACACGUUCUCUCAUCCGCCGCGCUCCUCCGAUACAGACCGCUUCCUGGACGCGCUGAGUGAGCAGCUGGGUCAGAGGGUUGCCAUCGUCGACGACUUCCUGUCACCCGAGAACGACUACGAGGAGGAUGUUGUCCAGAUGAGCUUCCCAGAUGAGGAGGAUGAGGAUGAAGAGGAGGUGGGGGUGGAUGAUGAAGAUGGAGACGGGGGUUUCAUAAUACCCCCUGAGCUGAGCAGCCCCAGCGAGUGCCAGGGCAGCAGCGGAGAGGACGCCUCCUCCCUCACCUACUCCUCCUCCUCAGAACACAUCCCCCCUCCCCCCAUGACUCCCCCGCCACCUCCGCCCAUCCAAUUCAACGAUCCUCCUCUACCCCCAAGCUACACCGCCACCCCUGAACAGUCUCCCAGAAUACAACUACCUUUCCGCCGCCACCCCGGGCCGCCUCCACCACCUCCUCCUCGCUCCAACCCGCCGCCCAAACGCCAGUCCAUUCACAAGGUGCUUCCUACCCGGGAGGACCUUCUAGCCCACGCUGCAAUGCAGGAACAAAAAGCGUACCAGGAGAAACAAGCAUUACAGGAGCAACAAGCUUACCAGGACCAACAAGUGUUUCAGGAACAACAAGCUUACCAGGACCAACAAGCGUACCAAGAGCGACAAGUGUACCAGGAACAACAAGCAAUCCAGGAGCAACGAGCAUUCCAGAAGCAACAAGCAUUUCAGGAACAAAAAGCUUACCAGGAGCAACAAGCGCAACAGAAGCGACAAGCUUACCAGGAACAACAAGCAUUCCAGGAGCAACACGCUUACCAGGAGCAACAAGCUUACCAGGAGCAACAAGCUUACCAGGAGCAACAAGCACAUCAAGAACAACAAGCAUACCAGGAGCAACAAGCAUACCAGAAGCAACAAGCGUACCAGGAGCAACAAGCGUACCAGGAGCAAAAUAUUUACCAGGGGCACCAGUCACUGCCUGCCCAGUCCUCGCACAAAGCACACACCCUGCAGCAGCUUCACCAGUCCCUGCCCCCCCUCCCCUCUCCAGAGGCAGCCCACACCCAUCCAGACCAUCCAAACCACCCAGACCCCUCACUCUACCAGAUGCACCAAGCUCAACAACAGACUCAUCGUCAAAGCCGUCAUCAGACUCACUCAGCCACAUCACCUCACAACCCCCUAGCCCGUUCCCCUGUCCAUCCAGAUCAACAGAGUCAGUACUCGGAGGCAAUCUAUCAGAGUCUUCAUACACAGUCACAUCACUCAUCUAUGGAGCUCCUUCACCAAGCUCAUCAGAUCCAGCAGCACCACUCCUCCAUGGAGCUCCUUCAUCAAGCUCAUCAGGUCCAGCAGCACCACUCCUCCAUGGAGCUCAUUCACCAAGCUCAGGAAGUCCAGCAGCACCACUCCUCCAUGGAGCUCCUUCAACAAGCUCAUCGGGUCCAGCAGCACCACUCAUCCACGGAGCUUCUUCACCAACCUCACCACUCUUCCACAGAGCUCCUUCACCAAGCUCAUCAGAUCCAGCAGCACCACUCAUCCACGGAGCUCCUUCACCAAGCUCAUCAGAUCCACCAAGAUCAGCCUGCUUCACUAACAGUACACCUGGAUCAGGAGAUCCACCAGUCUCUUCAGACUCAUCAGAGCCAUCAGACUCACCCAUCUUCCCAGGCCAGCCACCAGGGUCAGCAGACUCAUCAAACUCGUCAAUCUCUCAAGUCUCAUCGCACUCACCAGCCAUCUCCCCAGCGUCCCCACUCCGUCCAGCAGACUUACCACCACACUCCCCAGAUCCAGCACAUCCACCACCAGGUCCCUCCCCAGCCCACUCAGCCAGAGCUCCACCAGAUCCACCUCAUCCAUCAGCCCACCCAGCAGCGCCACCACCCCCAGCCCACCCUGUCCACCUUCCAGCCCCUUCCACCCCACCAGUCCACCCUGUCCACCUUCCAGCCUCUGCCCCAACAUCAACCCCACCAAACCCACCAGGUCCACCCCUCCAACCAGGGUCGUCCUCAGUCCCAGCCCUCUCAGCGGCUACUCAGUCAAUCCCAGUCUCACCACCACUCCCACCACCAACCCCAACCUCAGCCCAAGCAGCAUUCCCAGUCCCAGAAUAACUUGGACCAGUUGGGGAAACAGGAGCCCCCUCCUCCUCCGCCCCUGCCCCCUCCCGGAACCCCACCUCCGCUGCCUCGCCCCGGCCUUCCGAGGAUGGACUCCAACCAUAUGAGUGUAAAGAGGCUGCGCUGGGAACAGGUGGAGAACUCUGAGGGCACCAUCUGGGGACAGUUGGGAGAGGAUUCUGAUUAUGACAAACUGAAUGACAUGGUGAAGUAUCUGGAUCUAGAACUGCACUUUGGGACACAAAAGAACCCCAUUUCUCUUCCAGACCCAGCCCCUCAGUCGGAGACCUUCAAGAAGAAAGACAUAGUGGAGAUUCUGUCCCAUAAGAAGGCCUACAACGCAUCCAUCCUGAUCGCCCACCUGAAGCUGUCCCCAGGUGAACUGCGCCAGGUGCUGAUGACCAUGGCCACAGAGCGGCUGGAGCCGGCCCACAUCAAGCAGUUGCUGCUAUACGCCCCCGACGCGGAGGAGGUCAAGCAGUAUGAACAGUACAGCGAGGACCCGGCCAAGCUCAGCGAGCCUGACCAGUUUGUACUACAGAUGCUGUCAGUACCAGAGUACAAGACUCGUCUGAGAAGCCUCCACUUCAAAAGCACCCUGCAGGAGAAGACAGAGGAGAUGAGGGGGGGCUACGACUGCAUCUACAACGCCUCCAUGGAGCUCAAGACCAGCAAGAAACUAGCCAAGAUACUGGAGUUUGUGCUGGCGAUGGGAAACUAUCUGAACAACGGUCAGCCUAAGACCGGCAACAAGACCACCGGGUUUAAGAUCAACUUCCUCACUGAGCUCAGCACCACAAAAACAGUGGAUGGGAAAUCUACGUUUCUGCACAUCCUCGUCAAGUCACUGUGUCUUCACUUUCCCAACGUCCUGGAUUUUGCCAAGGACCUCACCACGGUUCCACUGGCAGCCAAAGUGAACCAGAAGACCAUCACAUCUGAUCUGAAUGACCUUCACACCACUAUCCAGGACAUCCGAUCUGCCUGCCAGAAAAUGCCUGCUACAGCAGAUGACCGCUUCGCUGCAGUCAUGAGUGGCUUCCUGGAGAACAUCCACCCAGCGCUACAGUCUCUGGAGUCCCUGCAGCAGAGGGCCAUGGAGGAGUUUUCCAAGACAGCCUCCUUCUUCGGAGAGGACAGCCAGGCCACCAACACAGAGGCCUUCUUUGGGAUAUUCGCCGAGUUCCUCGCCAAGUUUGAGAGAGCUCUCAGUGAGAACCAGGCCAAUGAGAACCCUCCUAGGAGUCCCAGGAGCCCAAGAAUGUCCUCACCCCUGGCCUGGUGAACAGAGAGACAGGCAGGCAGGCAGACAGGCACACACACACACUAUCUCUCUCUCACACACACACAGACAGGAGCGCAUGCAAAAAUCCACAUACAUUCACACGCACGCACACACACAAACACAUGCACACAAACACACUCACAGUAUUUCAAUUUUUGUAAUUCAAGAUAUUCUAUUGUGGGAAUGAGGUUGUCUGCAGAGUUGAGGAUACAGGGCUUUAAUACAUGACAGUGUAGUUUGGAUGUCCAGCUAGUUUAACUCCUCAAACUCUGUAUGUUCCAUGGCUAUACAGUGUUCCUCUGGAACAUACAAAUUCAGCUAUACUGGAUCAAUGGUUUUGCUUUUUAUAUACUUGUAAAUAAAAAUGUUAUACCAUUUAUCUAAAAGCAAAGAAUCAUGAAAUGGAAUAGGAAAGAGACUGACAACAGUUACCAUUUGAACCCAGCUGUCUGAUAUACUGUAUAUGAAUGUAUGAUACAAUUAUAGGCUAGAAAGAUUAAGUCUACAGAACAUGAUCAGCAAUGGUAAACAGAAUACUGUAUAGUUUACCUGUGGGAUACCAUGGUUUUGAGAGACAUACAGAUUUAAUCAAUUAUUGCUAAAACAUGUCUUUGAUACUUCAGCAGUUAAAAGAGAUGACUGAAUGUCUGUGUCAAUGUGUAUGAUUUGAGAAUUCAAUGCUUAUUAUACAUUGUACCAUUUAAAUAUAACUGUAAUCAUGUAAUACAGAAGAUACAUAUUUAAGUAGUCAAUUAUCAAAUGCUUUACAAUAAUUUCAUUUUUUAAAUGAUUUACCUGUUCCAUAUUUUUGUAAGCCACCCACCACACUGAAUGUAUUUACAAGUUAUUUAUUUUGAAUGAAGUGUAUCUUGUACCAUAUCCAGUGGACACUCAUUGCACAUCUACUAAAGAAAAGGAAUGUUAAGAAAAUGAAAAGAAAGAUGGAUGUACAUUUAUGCUGUUAAAUAUAUGUGCCUCUCUGUCUCUGAUUGUGUUGAUACUGAAAUGCGGUAAACGGGCAGUGUGCAAUGUGCUAUUAUGAACAGUAGGAGGAUUUGUUCAUUUUUCUGGAUAGUUUCUGCAUACUGCACCUUCACUUUAAUCUCUAUAAUUCAAUGAGGGUACACACAACUUUCUUGAAGCACAUUACUUAAAGGAAUAGUUCACCCAAAUUACAAAAUGACAUAUUGGUUUCCUCACCCUGUAAGCAGUCUAUGGACAAGGU